ACCAAACAAUGUUGUCAGAUCUUGCACAAAUCGGACAAAACGGAAAAACUGCUGAGCAGUCAUUAAACACAACAUUAAAAGGUUGAAAACACAGUGGUCAAGGCAUGUUGCUUAUGGAGAAAUGUUUAUUGGUCACAAUAAAGUAUAGCACAUGCAUUUUGUAUCUCCAAAAGUAAAAACAAAAAAGAUUUCACAACUCGGUGGAUUUAGCAUUUACUCUGCAUUCAAACAUAAACUGUAGUAUAACAGGUACUGUGGAAAAAUCAGCCUGAAUCAGCCUUCAAAGGGCUCUCUGUAAACUUGUUUCAUUCGUAUCCUGUUGCGAUGGAGGAUACGGUCAGUGGUGGAAAGGCCCACACUAUUGACCUCCUCUUCCUCCUUCUCUUCCUCCUCUUACACACCUCUCACACUGUCUGUGUCUCUGAUCCAUUGCUGUCAUGAGCUUGCAGGACCAACCUGCUUGCACUGUUUGAACUGGCUUAUAUUGGUUGUAAUGUUGUCAUGACAUGAUGAGAAAUAAGUGUGAUUAAUUUUGAAUUGUUGUGUUCAAUGAACGACGAUGUGUUUUAUUUGUGUUCAUAUUUGUGUUGAUAUUUUGCCACUUGUUGUUACCGUUAUGCAUCACAGUGACAACUGUGUUUUAUUGCCUGAGAAUGUGUUUAGAGUUCUGCAAAAGGAAGGACUGAGAUCUGCAAAUAGUGUUUUACUAGAUGAAGAUGGUUUAUGGUUUUGUCAAAAUGAUGCUCAAUUCAGCGAAUGAGUUUAAACAACUGAGCAAUUGAUUCACAUAACAGAAAUUAGUGUUUUAGCAAUUCAGAAAAACUGAAAACACUAAGCACCUCAGUGUUCAACUGGUUCUGAAACAUGUCUAUUCAUAUGAUGGUUUGUGUGUGUCAUUUGAAAACAAAAUACCAUUUUGAGAAGAAAUAACAUUGUUUUGAAUGUAAAGUUUCAUUUUGCAGGAGAAUUGUUGGUUUUGCCCAUUGUGUGUGUGUAUUAUUGAUUUGUGUGUAGAGUUCUGAGAAUAUGAGGCAUGCUUUCAGAAAAUGUGUGUAAACACUUGAGAAAAACUGUAAUUUAAAAAAAAUCUAAUGUAAUUUUUUAAAUUGCUCUGCAGGUUCUUUUUUCUUUAUAGGUCAGUUUUCAGAGGAAACACUCACAGGUUGUCACCAGUAGUUUGUCUGCUUUCAUUAGUCACCGCAAAAGGUGUUAACGUACAAGACAGGAAGCGCAGGGAACCACCAACACAAGUUCCUCAUGUUUUGUCCUUUGUUUCUUUCUUUUCACACUAAGGGUGUUUUAUCAUCUUUUCACCAACGUUCAAAUCUGCUCCCUUGAUAAAAAGUAUUUCAGUCGUUAUCUUGUUGUCAUUUAGCUUAGACUUAAAGAUGAACUUUGAAUAGAGAAGUUAAGGCGUUCACAUCCGUUCUGAUAGUUUAUGUGGCUUUAACAAGAAGAGAACAACCCUGACCAGACUUUAAACCUCUGCUGUGCCACUAAGAGCUAAGGGCAACACAGACAGAGCAGCACAUAGACUGAAAUGUCUCUCUUUGUGGUGCUGGGACUGCUGGAAGGGCUUUUUUCAUGCUCCAGUGCUGUGACUCCUGUGUAUUUGUUUGUGCAGGAGGGACAAGACUUACUGCUGAAUGUCACAAUCGCUGAUAGUGAUGAGAAAGCUUUUGUUUUUUGGAACUUCAAUCAGACUUCAUCUUUAGUAAGCUUUUAUCCUGGUGGCAACUCAGUGUCUUCACUUUACAAGGGAAGGAUUGAGUUUUCUGUGAACAAUUACUCAGUGAAAUUGAAGAAUGUCCAAAAGGCAGACAGUGGAGUUUAUUCUGUACGAGUGAGAUCGGCUAAAGAAGAAAAAACACAAGCUGAAUACAACGUCAGCGUUCAAGGUCGAGUGUCUCCAGUGAACCUGAGUGUGGACUCUUUGUCCUGGAGUUCAGACUCCUGUAACUUCACUGUGACCUGCACUGCACGAGACUCUAACAUCAGCAGCACUUUUAGAUGUGACAACCAAACCAAAACCUGCAGUCAGGAUGGAGGAAAGCAGUCAAAGCUCACGAGCUCUGGUGCUUCUCUCCACGUCCACCUGCUGAAUGAGUCAAUCACCUGUCACCAUAGUAACCAGAUCAGCUCGGCCAAGGACAGCAAACCGACUCAAUAUUUCUGCUCCCAAAGUGAUGAUAACAAACAAGGAAGCAGCACAGACACUGUUGUCAUCAUAAUUGUUGCUGUUGUUCCUGUCAUCGUAGUACUUUUGAUCAUCGGUUUCAUAUGUUAUCUAUGUAAAUGUAAAAGAGAGGACACCCAAGGAGUACAUGAUGUUCCUCAGGUUGACCCUGCAGUCCAACCUCAGCGUCAGAGCCAAACACAUGAUUCUUCAGGUGUUUCUCCGACCUCCAAUCACUGCUCGGUGGGGCCUCACUCUGGAUCCUCUGGAAGUAGAGGCAAAUCACUACCAGAGAGCCUGUAUGAUCAGGUAGAAAAGCCUGCCAGAUCCUGAGAAAAAUUAACAGGAAUCGUAUCCCACGGUUACCACUUUGUAGUUUUUGUAUUGACGUGUUGCCCAAGCUGGUGACCUUUGGCCUGUACACUUUAUAUUUUAAGACAGUAGAUAGUGUGCUAAAUAAUAUUGCAUACAGAUCUGAUUCAGCAGAACAGUAGACCACCCACGGAGAAAAGACAACGUAAAGACAGGAGCUGGAGUCAGUUUAAUCAUUAGAAAGAAGACAGAAAGAAAGAGCCUGAGGAACAAGCACACAUCUGGUAGUCUAAGCUACAUGUGACUUCAUACUGAGUAUUGUACUUGUGCAUAUUUCUACACAGCGAUGUUGAGAAUAUUGUGAGCGGGAGACUGAGAGACAGAGACACACCUAAUUUGU